UGCAGACGGAAGUCGUGGCCUCUGUUUUGAAAUCGGGCCGCGGGUAUCUUCCAGACUCUUGCCUACGCCUAGGCUCCGCCGUGGGCGGAUUCCGGGCAAGCCUUGCAGAGAAGACGCCCCGAGAGCCCGGCCUUAGCCUGCUGUCCAGCCCCUAGCGGCCCGAGGCCGCAGCCGCACCAUGUCCACCCCUCCGUUGGCGGCGGCUGGGAUGGCGCCCGGGCCCUACGCAGGGCCCCAGGCUCAGCAGGCGGCCCGCGAGGUCAACACUGCGUCGCUCUGCCGGAUCGGGCAGGAGACGGUCCAGGACAUCGUGUACCGCACGAUGGAGAUCUUCCAGCUCCUGAGGAACAUGCAGCUGCCAAAUGGUGUCACUUAUCAUACUGGAACAUAUCAAGACCGGUUAUCAAAGCUACAGGAUCAUCUUCGGCAACUUUCUAUUCUCUUCAGGAAGCUGAGAUUGGUCUAUGACAAAUGCAAUGAGAACUGUGGAGGGAUGGAUCCCAUUCCAGUAGAGCAACUUAUUCCGUAUGUGGAAGAAGAUGGCUCAAAGAAUGAUGAUCGGAGUGGCCCACCUCGUUUUGCCAGUGAAGAGAGGCGAGAAAUUGCUGAAGUAAAUAAAAAACUCAAACAGAAGAAUCAACAGCUGAAGCAAAUUAUGGAUCAAUUACGAAAUCUCAUCUGGGAUAUAAAUGCCAUGUUGGCAAUGAGGAACUAAACUGAUAUUUAAAUUUCCUGCUUUACACAUGCUAUGCCUUUUUCUGUUUUCCUCAAGUAUUUUUUUUCCCUUUGAAGAUUAUUUGUCUGCUUUCAUUCUAGCUACUAGAAUUUGCACAUGAUAUUGCAUUAAAAUAUUCCUUUAACACUUAA